AAGAAAUCAAUUAUAUUGAGCACAAGAUGUCAAGUAUUAUUGUGCAAUUUGCGAUUCCUAGGGACACUAGUUUUAUUUCUAAGGUAUCUUCAAAACGACGUUGUUUCACUGCUGCAACCUCAGCCACUUCCCGAGACGGUCAGCAUGCCCGUUGCUCAUUGCAAGUGGGUAAUGAGAUCGAAACUGAACGACGAACUGGAGGCUACCAGCCUACUCUUUGGGAUUACGACUCUAUUCAAUCGUUCGAAUUUGAGUAUAAGGAAGAGAAGCAACUUGAAAAGGCGGCGACUCUGAUUGAGAAGGUGAAGAGAUUGUUGCUGCAGGGACAACGUUUGGAGCUGAUCGAUGAUCUAAGAAGGCUCGGUAUAUCUUGUCAUUUUAGAAACGAAAUCGAUCAAAUAUUAAACACCAAAUAUUUGGAGAAGAAUGAGUUAGAUGAAAGGGAUUUGUACUCAACAUCUCUUAGAUUCAGACUCCUCAGACAAUAUGGCUUCACCAUCUCUCAAGAUGUGUUUGAUUGUUUCAAGAAUGACAAGGCUACUGAUUUCGAUACCAAAGGAUUGCUACAACUCUACGAAGCUUCGUUUCUAGCAACACAUGGCGAAGAAACGCUAGAAAUUGCUAGAGAAUUUGCUGCUAAAUCUCUCCAUCAAAGAGUAGUUGAUCAUGAAAUUGAUGAUAUUCAUCUCUUAUCAUCAGUUGAAGCUGCAUUUGAGUUCCCUUCUCAUUGGAGGGUUCAAAUGCCAUAUGCGAAAGGCUUCAUCGAUGCUUACAAGAAGAGACAAGACAUGAAUCCAGUUGUGCUAGAGCUAGCCAAAUUGGACAUAAACAUUGUUCAAGCACAAUUUUUAGAAGAACUCAAAGAGACCUCUAGGUGGUGGGAGAGGACUGGGCUUGCUCAAGAGCUUCCCUUUAUAAGAGAUAGAAUAGUGGAAUGCUACUAUUGGGCGAAUGGAAUGGUCGAACGUCGCGAACAUGGAUUCGAGAGGAUAAUGCUUGCCAAAAUAAAUGCUCUUAUUACAGCUAUAGAUGAUAUCUAUGAUGUUUAUGGCACUCUUGAAGAGCUCCAACUAUUCACAGAUGCUAUUAGAAGAUGGGAUAUUGAAUCAAUUGACAAACUUCCUCCUUACAUGAAAGUAUGUUAUCUUACACUUAUAAAAUCAGUAUAUCUUCAGAGCCAAUUGGUAAAGGGAAAGCAGCUACAGCAAUGCUUUCCAGACAACAUGAUCUCUGCAUUCAAACCAGACACAUUUCAGUACGAGAAAGUGAGUAGCGCAUCACAUAAUUUUCAGAGCCUAACAAACCAAUUAUGUCCACCUACGUGUUCGGUGGAUGAUAGGCGAAGUACUUCAGGCUUCGUGUUCAAUCUCGGGUCAGGAGCUGUAACAUGGAGCUCAAAGAAGCAAGGAGUAACAGCGCUUUCGACUGCAGAGGCAGAGUAUGUGGCUGCCACUUCUUCAGCUUGUCAAGGACUGUGGUUGAGAAGAGUAUUGGCUGAUUUCGAGCAGGAGCAGAAGCAGGCUACUGGAAUUUUCUGUGAUAAUCGAUCAACUGUUGCGAUUGCAAAGAAUCAAGUUAUGCACGGGAGAACGAAGCACAUCGAUAUUAAGUUUCACUUCAUAAGAGAUUUGAUUAAUGAAGGGGUCAUCUCUUUGAAGUUUUGCAGCAGCCUUGAGAACUUGGCUGAUAUUUUCACCAAAUCGUUGUCUUCGGAGAAGCACGUCAAGUUCAGAAAUAUGCUCGGAGUGUGCAAUUAUGAAUCAAGGGGGAGUGUUGAAUGA